UACAUGCGCGAUUCUUAUCCUUCCUCUCGUACGUCACGUUUUAUUUUUGCGUUGUGAAAUAUAAAAUAACGUGUUGUUUGUUAUUCAUGAAAGAACAUACGUAAAACGAAAUGGCAUUGUUUCGUAGUUUGCCGACCAAAAUCGGCGUGACAUCGAAGUUCCUUUCGCGAAGCGUUCCAGUUGUUUCUUAUCACGCAAAAGUAAUAGAUCAUUAUGAGAAUCCCAGAAAUGUUGGUUCAUUGGACAAGAGUGAUGAACAAGUUGGUACUGGCCUCGUGGGAGCACCAGCGUGUGGAGAUGUAAUGAAACUUCAGAUCAAAGUUGAUGAAAAUGGCAAAAUAAUUGAUGCUAAAUUUAAAACUUUUGGCUGUGGUUCUGCUAUUGCUUCAAGUUCUUUAGCUACAGAAUGGGUUAAGGGAAAGACAGUGGAUGAGGCGCUGGCACUGAAGAAUACUGAUAUUGCUAAUGAACUUUGUCUCCCGCCAGUCAAGAUGCACUGUUCAAUGCUUGCCGAGGAUGCAAUUAAGGCUGCUCUGUCAGAUUAUCGUAUUAAACAGCAAUCAAAGAAAAAGGAAGAGGCCUCCAACAGCAUGACUUAAAAUUGAUGAUUCAAAUUAUAUGAUAGUAACAAAACUAGAUAUGCUAUCUAGCUUAAAAACAUCUAUUCUUUAAAUUAUCUAUUCGUAAGGAAUUAUUAUAUAGUUGUAAAACUGGAUGUAGCAUAACUAUGGAAAUAACAUUCCUUAGGCUACAUAUAUACGCAUUACCUUAUGCUGUAAAAACGAUAACUUACUAACAACAUUACAUAACUUGUACCUGCAUUAGGUUAUCUUGUCCAAUGAAAUAUUUGUUUAACUGAA